CUUUGUGUCCGGCAACGCUCAUUCAGUGACGGUCAGAGACAUGACCAAUACAAGUGGGCCUGAUCUGGACAACAGGGAUCCUAACACCCUCAACGAAUAUUUACAGGUGGAGUUCGAUGACGUCAUUGCCGAACCACAAGGCGCCUACUCUGUCGACUGCGUGUGGAAGGUCGCCUACAAGAUUUUCACCGGAACCAAGAAUUGUUGUUACAAGUUCCUUACCAUCCUCUUCGCCUUCCCCAUUGCCUUUGCAGUUGGAUGCAGUUUUGCUAUUAUGUCGUUCCAGCACAUCUGGUGUAUUGGCCAGCUAUACGUCAUUUCCGGAUUAGCUGCCACGUCGUUCGGCUGUAUGUUCGCACAUGUCUUGAUUCCUGUUUGGCACCCUGUUGCAACGACAUGGGCCUGUUUUUCAGUAGAAUUCGGAUCGCUAGAGGCCCUGGAACCGAAGAUCAAGUUCUUUAAUUGUCAAGUUAACCCUUUACCAAAAACACGGUUCUGA